UUUCAUCGCUCCCCCUCUCCUCGCGCUAUCCUCCAUCAGGAUAAUCGCCUGCAGAAGUUGACGCCCGGCCUCUCUCAUUUCUGUGUCCCCGUAUCCUACCACGAUGUUCAUCGAACGUCUUAUCUAGAAGGUCGACUUCGAGGUCGCCCUCUGGCAGGACUGCGAGGCUACCUUGGGCUCAAGCGUGUUGAUGCCAACCAUGAGCGCUCUUCUGGCGCAGGCCAGGCCCUGCAGAACCGAGUGUCAUAGACUCGUUCGUGCCAUGUGCGACGAGUUCAGCACCAUCGCCCACUACGCCGACGCUAUCGCCCACGCCAGAGAGAGCCUGCGCGCUCUUCGGCAUGCUCAUGCUAAAUCUGGCAGUACCCUACUCGCAAGAUUGCUCUGAUCUCCCGCCUCGGAAACUUCACAUCGAAGUCCUCGUCAUUUACAUCAAGGACGUCCUGCUCGACGAUGCAUGCAACAGCUUGGCACGCAUUCAACAUCCCGCGACGCACGUUUGCCACCUCUGGCACAAGCUCGCGCUAUCGAUAUCAGGUGUCUGGGCCGACCGCCCUGACCUUGUCAUCAUCGACCUGCAACCCAGCCGACUAUUCCGACAUCGUGCUCCCCUCCUUGCUAUCGCUCUCCCUCGAGGGUUCUGCUUCGUUUCUCUUCGACGCCUUCCGGGCCGUCUGCCGGAAGAAGGUUGUUCUGUGCGGACAUUGCGACUUCGACUCGCUGCAGAAAUGUGCGACCAAAGAUCUGACCAUCUGCUUCACUCUCAUAUCGCUAUCCCUUCUCGCCUCGCGCGCACGAACGAGGUUAGGUCUAGCUGUUCGAGCCCUACACAAACCUCUCGCACGUCUAUCACCAACUCUACUGAGCACGAGCCCGCCGAUCCCGUUCCGCACUCCUUGCACACUUUGGAGGCUUGUCUCAGGCAUUGUCCCGGCAUGCUUCCCAGUCUCACCCACCUUGACUUCACCGAUCUCCAUGUCGACUCGCAGGAAUGCGUGUAUCUUUUGGAGGCUAUUGUCGAGGCUCGGGUGCAUCGCCGGGCACGCGAUGCGAUUAUGCUCAAGUUCUUCGCCUAUGCGUUCGGGACCACAAACCACGCUUGCUCGACACUCUCCGUUCACUGGAAUGGGUUACUCACCGGACGAUUAAGCAAGCGCCUUCGGACGAGGACGAGGAUGGGGAAGACUCUGGCUCUGGACAGGCCAGGCGCGAGAGGCUACGUGGAGAACGUCCCGGAUGACGGCGCGAGCGGCAGCGGCGGCGUGGACAUCGAUGCCGACAGCGAUGACGACUGGGCUAAGGUGGAUGGGUAGCUCAUGGGCUCGCUGGGUGACAGCCCCGCGGAUGCCUUGGACUCAGGUGGCCACUUCGGCGUGACUGAGCUCUUGGAGCUCUAUCCUGACCAUCAGCCUUGACGAUCACGACCUCGCGUUGGACGAGGAGUACGCGCCAGGCUCCAUAGACGGCGAGUCGGUGGAUGGAGAGUGGAACGAUGAUGGUGCGCGUCGUCGUGCUCAAGACCACGAUUACCCCGUCACUUUUUAUAGGUCAUCUCAGCUGCUACGAGGUUGAUUCUGACGACGACUCGGGGUAUCUUUUGCGUACUCGUCGCACCUAACCAAUCGUUCACCCCGACAUUCUCCCCACUAUGAACGAACCUCGUGGUGACACGACAUCCCCUACCCAUCGUUCGUAGUGCGACCCCGUUCUUCAAUAUAUGCAUCCAUCUGUCAUUCGAUA